AAGAUAAACAAAAAAGGAUCGAUCAGCUAAAACAAGAACAGCAGAUAAUAACCGAUAUCAACGUCAAAUUUGCACAAUUUUUGAGGCAGAGCGCGAUAGCCAUUUUCAAUAAUGUAUAUGCAGACUACCUAGAUCAUUUCAUUGAACAAGAAAAAAUUAAGAAGUGUGUCGACCCUGAUAAUUACGAUGACGAAAUCCUCAAAGGAAUUGAAACAUCAAAAAUAGUAUACAUGGAAAAAAUAGAAGCUAUAAAAAAAGCAAUCGAGAAUAACGAUCCUUCGGUACCUCCAAUCUCACCAGAAGAUAUAUCCAAUCUUGAAGAGCAAUUGUAUACUUUACCAAUCAACGGUCAAACGCUAAAAAAUAUUAAAGAUGGAGCGGAGCGUGGUUUAACUAAUGUAUUCAGGUAUGAAGAAAAGUCUUAUUGGAGAUCAUUAUCAGGCGAAGGAAGAUUUAUGAAUAGGUUUAUAAGAUUUAUACGAUCUUUUUAG